GAUUAUUAAUAUCUUUGUAGUCAUAGACAAACGUUUGUAGUCGUUUUAGGAGGAAAAAUGGAUAUGGGAGAACUCAGUAUUCAUACUAAAGAAGAGGUGCAUAUUGUCCACGAAGAGGUGAAACUAGAAGUUUCUGAACAAUUCAUAGAUGAAAAUGGGGUUCAUGGAAGAGAAGAAUAUAUAAUCAAGAAUGAGGACAUUAGCUCAAAUUCCUUAGAAAUGGAAGUCGAUGCAAAUCAAUCACCUGCCGCAUAUAACGAAGAAAUCCCUAAAGUAUUAGAUCUACCGAGUAUUAAAUCUGAAUUAGUUCUCUUGGAGCAGUGUGAAUUUCCUAAAUGUCAAAAUGAUUAUCUUGCACUUGAAGGAAAGUAUCAUUAUGAUCAUACCGCAAGUCCUAAAGAUGACAAGAAACAGCAUGCUAAAUUAGAAAUAGAAGACAUUUUUGAACAGUUUAUAGAGGAAAAAGUAGUUCAUGACAAAGAAGAAUAUAAAACUAAGAAUGAAGACAGUAACUCAAAAGCCAUAGUAAUUCAAGUUUAUGCAAAUGAUUCACCUGCCUCUUUAACUGAAGAAAUUCCCGGAGUAUUAGGUCGAGCAGGCAAUGAAUCUCUUCUUUUGAACAUCAAGUGUGCCUCUUUUGAAAAAGAAAAGCCUCAAAAAAAUGUAAAAUCGAUCCAUUUGAAUCACAAGUGUGACUUGUGUGACUAUGUUACAAAUAAGAAAAACAACCUUAAAAAGCACAUCAGCCGUAUUCAUGUAAAUUUAAGAAAAUACGAGUGUCAUUUAUGUGAAUAUGCUGCCAGCGAGAAGCAUAUGAUCGAACAUCAUGUAGAAUCUGUACAUUUGAAAAUUAAGGCACACAAGUGCCAACUAUGUGAGUAUAGGACUAAUAGAAAACACAACCUUAAAAAGCAUAUCCACUCUGUUCAUUCAAAUAUCAAGGAACACACAUGCCACUUAUGCGAUUUUGCUACGGUUAGUAAAUAUAAUCUUGAUGAACACAUCAAAUCUGUUCAUUUGAGAACUAAGGAACACAAGUGUGACUUAUGUGAAUAUGCUGCCAGCGUGAAAAAAUUACUAAAAGUACAUGUGAAAUCGGUACAUUUGAAAAUUAAAGAGCACAAGUGCCAACUAUGUGAUUACGAAACGAAUAAAAAAGAUAAUCUUCAACAGCAUGUCGACUCUGUUCAUUCGAGUAUCAAGGAACACAAGUGUCACUUAUGCGAAUAUGCUACGGCUCGUAAAAGUUCGCUAGAUACACACAUCAAAUCUGUUCAUUUGAGGAUUAAACCACACAAGUGUCAUUUAUGUGAACAUACUGCUAGUAGUAACUUUCUGAUCCGACGACAUAUUAAAUCUGUUCAUAUGAAAAUUAAGGUACUCAAGUGUGACCUAUGCGAAUAUGCUGCCAGUGACAAAAGAGUACUUGAAGCACAUGUGAAAUCUAUGCAUUUGAAAAUUGAGUGAAACUAUAUGAUUAUGCAACAAAUGAAAAAGGAAUACAUAAUUUAAUGUAAUUUCAAUUAUUUUAGGAAACUUGUUACCAGUCUGCUAUUUUCAUCAUCCACCAACUGUAAUUUUAACAUGUAUGUGUUCUGUACAGUGAACUCUAAAAGAGCAAAUAAAAUUGUGUUAUUAACAGAAUAUAGUGAAAUUGUAGUAAAAAAAGUAUGUAGAAGACAAGAGAGAUGAAGAAAAUUUAGUUUAUUGCACCCUAUGCUUUCUUACUAUAAUUUUAAUUAGUCUUUUAAUAACUCAAUUUUCAUUUGGUUUCCUGUGUAAAUCAAUAAAUCGUAAUUGAUAUUUGUA